CGAAUUUCAGUUGGUUUUUCUCUUCUUUACCGCACGGUUGUGUUUUUAUGAUUAAUUUAAAUUAAAUUAACAGCUAAAAUGAAAGUAAAAUCAGGUGCAAUAAGAUCUCGACGGAGCUCUAAUGCAAGUUUGAAUAAAUGGCGCAGUGCAAAGAAACGCAAUAAUAAAAAUCAUGUACCUAUGCAUAAAUUACUAAAAGCCAGCUGGAAAUACCAAGGAAAAAUAUUUUUCGCCGAGAGUACUCUUCAUGGAGUUCGAUAUAUCGCAGAAACUGAUAGACCAAUCAUCGAACGGUUAAUUUGGUUUAUUUGUGUAAUGGUCGGUGCAAUAUCAACAAUGGUCAUCAUUGUGAGUCUCUGGGAGAAGUUUCAGACGAAUCCUACUAUCACAGGUCUGGAUACUGACUUUCACAAUUGGGAUAUUCCAUAUCCUUCGGUUACACUGUGUCCUAAUCAGCCUUGGAAUAUAGAAAGAUUGAAUGCUUCGGUUGAAAAAAUAAGGGCUGAGCAUAAUUUGGACGAAGCAGCAACUAAAGAUAUGAAUGAUUUUCUUCAACGUUUAACACAAUUGUCGUUAUUAUCAAUGAAUCCUGAUGAUUAUCAAAGCGAGUAUGACGCUAUCUUGAAAGAUCAAGAUCUUCAUAAAUUGACAUAUGAAUUAAUGGUAACAUGUGAAGAGUUUCUGGUUGAAUGCAAGUGGAAGGCAUUACCUUACAAUUGUUGUGAUAGUUUUUUUCCGAGUUAUACUGAGAAUGGAUUUUGUUUCGCGUUUAAUUCUUUGCAUUAUGAGAGAAAAUCGCCUACAGGGGAAGAAUAUCCACCAAUUGAUCCAUCUUCGAUUAUGUACAUAAAAGAAACAGACAGCAAAUUAUCUUUGUUAUUCACUGUAGAUCCUAUUGGACGAACAGAACAUUAUAAUAUAUUGAUUUUUCUUCACAAAGCAAACGAAUUACCAGGCAUUAACCUAAAACCGCAACACGUUUGGGAUUUCAAAAUGGGUUCUAUGUCUUUUUCUAUGCGUGAAACUUACACAACAGACGACGCAACACAACUAAGCAUUAAACAACGCCAUUGUAUUUACGAUCAUGAAAUGAAACUUGAAAUUGAUAGUAUUUAUACUUACGCAGCGUGUGCACAUCAGUGCCGUAUGAAUAAUGCUCGAAGGUUAUGUUCGUGUAUUCCACACUUUUACUCACUUGCUGAAGGUUAUAAACACUGCAACGUCUCACAACUGAAGUGCAUCGCCACUAAUAAGAAAGAAAUCAGUAAUAUUGAGAAGUGUGGUUGUGAACUCGGCUGUUCCAAUACUAUCUACGAAGUUGAUAAAUUGGUGGAAAGUGCAGCUAGCGAUGAAGCUGCGAAUGAAGGAGAAGAAAGUGAUGGAAUGCCAGCCGAACAGUUAUUUUCUGAUGAAGAGGAAACUAAUACCACUGACUCUUCAUCAAUAACUAAUUCAACUGAAGAUUCUGAUCAGUCUUUACUUGGUGAAGAUUCUGAUCAGGCUUCAUUUGGUGAAGAUUCUGAACCUCCAACAAAGAAAUCUAAUCCUAAAUUUUUUGAAUGUGAAUUUACUUCAUGGCCGAUGAUCAAAUACAAGCGAGAGGUACUUUUUGGUUGGGUAGAUCUUUUAGUGUCCUUUGGUGGUAUUGCAGGACUCUUUCUUGGAUUCAGUCUAUUAUCCGGUGUAGAAAUUAUUUAUUAUUUUACAAUUAGAGCGUGUUGUAUGAUAUAUAAACAGCGUGAUGAAUUGGAGACAAUGGCGACUAAUCCUGGUCAAAAUGAAAAGAAAGAUUAUGAUUUAGGUUUGGUUCCUUAUUUUAUUAAAGAACCUAAACCCGGACAAGGUGAAGAGAUGUUACGUAGACGAAUCAAAGAUAAUUCAAAUUUUAAAGUUCAACCAUUGCAAUCACCAGCACAAAAGCGACCCAUGCAGCCGAUGAUGGUAAAACCUCUCAAUCCACAAAAUAAAGUUGUUCCACCCUUCGGUUUUGAUUAUUACAAUUAAAUAAUUAAUUCUUAAAAAAAACAUAUUCUUCUAUUCUUCGUAACUCUUCGUGUGAGGUUAUGUUGCACGCGUCUUGACUUAUAAUCCUGAAGGUGCUCUUUAAUCGAUUAAUUAUAGUAAUAAUAUACAAACGUUUGAAUUAAUUACAAAUCAUAUUACAAUAUCUUUGUAUAAGCCUAUAAUUAUUUAAAAUUACAAUAAUUAAUAAAGUUGCAUAUUUUAUUGCUAAUUAUAUUAAUUCUUUGUGAAGAUUAUUAGGUAAUUUGCAUAGAAAACAUUGUUUUGUUUUACGUUAAACUAAAAUGCAAAUUUAUUCCGCUGUCAAUUUAACUAUUUAAAUCUAAUUUUGUUUAACUUGAUAUUAAUUUGUAAGUAUUGCCAUCUGGUGACUCGUUUUGUUUCAUUGUUGAAUUAAAUACAAGUACACAUUAA